UUUACAAGUUGAAAUAUGUUGUUGAAAUUAUUGCUAGUAUUUGCCGGUUGCAAAGGUGUUCUUUGCAACGCUAUAACAGCUGGACCCGCAGAGUCCUCCUAUCACGAACGUGAAAAUAAUAAACCGGAAAUUGUCAACGUUGAUUCGGUGUAUGAGGUUGAAAUUGGGCAUAAUGUUGAAAUUGAUUGUUUAACUGAAGGAAACGCUGUUCUUUACAAAUGGUCCAAGGAACGGCAAGACAUUGUAAAUGCCAAUCGCUUUACGGUCUUUGCGGAAAAUGGAACGAUGCGUGUGAUUAGUGUCGAAGAAUCGGACCGUGGAGUAUACACAUGCGAAGCUAGUAACAGUUUCGGUUCAAGUGAACGACAGUUUACAAUCAAUGUGUUGGUAGAGCCAAGCAUUGACGAAUUCGCGAACAUAACGAUUGCCGAGAAUGCUGAAGGUAUUCUAACAUGCAAAGCAAAGGGACGCCCUGCCCCAUCCAUUACUUUCAGUUGGUAUGGCAUAGAAUUUACAGAGUACGGUCCCUUCAGAGACAUUAUACUACCGACCCAAGUGAUUGACGAUGAAGUGGGAGAAACAAUCGCUACACUCAACUUUACUCGAGCAGUGCGCUUGUUCUACGGAGAGUAUGGAUGUUUGGCUACGAACACGAUCGCUUCAGUCAAACAAAUUGCUUACGUCACAAUCGAAUAUCCGCCAAAUUUUAGUUACAUGGAAAAACCACCACCGGUUUACAGCUAUGAACGACGUCCGGUUCACCUAACUUGUAAAGCAACAGCACUUCCCGAAGCCACUAUCGUUUGGUAUUGGAAUGACAAAGUUAUAAGCGAACCGGACGACCGAUUCUUUGAAGUGAUUCACAGUGGUAAGUCGGAAAGUACGUUAGUGGUUGAGCCGGUCGAUGAUAGUUAUUAUGCGACCUAUAAAUGCGUCGCUUCGAAUAAACUUGGUGAAGCCGAACGUAUCAUGGAAUUACGCGAAGCUCAUCCACCAGAAGCCAUUGCUGAAGUUCUGGCUCGGUCGUGGUCUAUCGACAUGAUUAAUUUCGAAAUAACGGCUGCAUUGACUGGGACACCGGCUGAAUUUUACAAAUAUCAAUACAAGGAAGACGCAGAGUUGGAUUGGAUCGAUUCGGUUAAUUUUACAAGAGUGGCGUGGCCAGUCACAACGGUCUACGUGCAAGGUUUGAAACCGAACACCAAAUAUGAUUUUAGAUUUUAUGCUGAAAACGAAAUGGGAGCCAGUCCGUUUAUAGCCAUCAGUCACCAAACUAUGUGUGAAUAUCGAUAUGCCGAGCCACAGAUUCUGAACAAAAUCAGUGAAGACCGUGCCGAGGGAGAAGCUGAAUUCAUUGAGUCAUCUUAUCCCGACCGAUUCGAAUUGAUUUGGGAACCGAUUGUAGAGCCGUGUGUAGAGACAAUCUAUUACUCGAUCGAAUAUUGUUUGGCUUUGCACAGCAAUUGGAAGUCGUUAUCAAUUUAUGCAGGGCAGUGUACGUGGGUCAGUGGAAUAACAAGUAACAGCUAUGUCAUCGGAAACUUAACUGCCGACACCUAUUAUGCUAUAAGGCUUAGUGGUUCAUUUGCGACAACGUCGUACCAUUUCAUGAGAACUGCCAGAGAUCCAAUCACUGGCGGAGAUCCUCGGCUAAAAAUCUAUCCGACGUUUAGCGUACAGAAUAUUGCAGCAGGCACGUUCUUUAACUUUACUUGCAAGUCCAAAGCAGAAUCAGCUACCGACUUAAGCUGGCGGGAUUCUUUCAACAAUCCUAUCAAUUCCGAAUCGUCUGAUGGACUUAUGUACACUGAAGCUGUAAAUGAUGCCGAAUUAAUGUUGGUCAUACCAUUUGUGAAGCAUGCAAUGUUUGGGACAUACUAUUGUGCUUCGUUGGUCGGAUCAGAGAGCAUUGAGACUUUUGUUAAAAUUGAGACGUAUGCAUUAGUAGGCGCAUCAGACGAAUUCGAGUACACACUUGGCUUUUCUGGGCGCUCUGGUUACAUGAGUUGCAGCUUUCACAAUGAUGACAACACGACCAUAGACUGGAUGUUCGAGAAUAAUCCCAUUGAACCAUCUGAUCGCUACGAAUUCCGAACCGAAACAUAUGGCGAUUUCUCUCCAAAAUAUUACUUUUUGCUCGUUCAUAACCUUACUGAUUCCGACGAAGGCUUCUACACAUGUCGCCAAUCUGCCAACGAAAGAAGAAUUUACCACGAAGUUCUGUUAAUGCCACAGAUUUUGAAUAUGGAACCGGAGUAUUCGGCUGUGGAGGGAAUCGAUUUUUCUAUUGAUUGUCCAACGCUGGGCAAACCAGCACCGAAUGUUCAAUGGUUUGAUCAGAAUGGAAUCGACGUAACAUUGAACGGUCGAUUUUCGGUGAACCGAUUCGGUCAAAUGGAAAUUAGACGCAUCGAAAGCAGUGAUGAAGGAAGCUACACUUGUGAAGCUCGAAGUAUUGGUGGUGUGGCUGAGAAGACUGUUCAAUUGAAAGUAGAGGCGAAGUGUAGUUGAGACACACCAUUUUGAGGUUUAGCUGUAGGUCUUCUGCUUGAGAUCAAAGUUAGAUUGUGAAUUAUCAACGGUUGUGAUAUUCGUUAUUUAAUGUACAAACUGGGCUGUUCGUUGGAAAUAAAU